AUGCCGGUUCAGGCCGCCCAGUGGACAGAGUUCCUGUCCUGUCCCAUCUGCUACAAUGAGUUUGACAGCAGCGGCCACCAGCCCAUCAGCCUGGGUUGCUCUCACACAGUGUGUAAGACCUGCUUACACAAACUGCAUCGCAAGGCCUGCCCCUUUGACCAGACUCCAAUCAGCACGGACAUCGACCUGCUGCCGGUCAACUGUGCCCUGCUGCAGCUGGUUGGAGCUCAGGUGAGUCAGGAGGAAGACGAAACGUAUCAAAACUUUACCUCUUUCUGCAUUUUUAGACCUGUUGUGUAUGCUCAUUCUCUGCGUCCCACAGAUCCCCGAUGUUCAGCCAGUGAGCCUGAGCAGCACGGCUGAAAUUGAGCACUAUGAAGCGUGCAGAGUGUGUGUGGAAGAGCUGGCUCUCUACCUGAAGCCAAUCAGUGGAGCAAAAGGUUUGUACAAGCAGUACUGCAUGUUUUUUUUUUUUUAAAGAGAAGUGUUUCCAAAUUAUGGGAGGAAAUAUGAAAGAACAUGAAGCCUUUUGUACUAAAUGUGUGGGAGAAGCAGUCGAGCUGCUUGUGUAACUUGUCAUUCAUGAAUCUCACACUUGUCAUGACGUCUUAAAUCUGCUCUACUUCCAUGGUACUGGAGGAAUAUUCAGCUGUCUGUCUGAGUAACAAGACAAGAACUGAAACUCACCACAUCCAGUUGUUCGUGUACUCAAUUCUGCGUGACAGUGCGGUGGUAGCAUUUGUCGUUUUUGGUUAAUAUUUGGAGAACUCUCACUUAUUAUGGUCUGCUUCCUUUACAAACUCUUAUGGGAAAUAAGCUACUUGAUAAACCUGCCCCAUAUUUGUCACUAGACAUGCAAAUUUUUACUUUAUAAUCAAACUGUUUUUCUAGUUGUUUUAAUUGAGACAAUGUUAAUGAAGCUGAUACUGUUUAUCACACUGUACAGGUGUGGCAACCUUGAGUCCAAGCGUGCUCAGUCGACCAAUGCAGAGGAAGCUGGUGACUUUGGUGAACUGCCAGCUGGUGGAGGAGGAGGGCCGUGUGCGGGCAGUGCGAGCCGGUCGGUCCUUGGGUGAAAGAACAGUAACUGAGCUCAUCCUGCAGCACCAAAACCCCCAGCAGCUCUCUGCCAACCUCUGGGCAGCGGUGAGGGCACGGGGCUGCCAGUUCCUUGGACCUGGUGGGUGUUCGCGAGAUACACAGCGCACAAACCUUUCAGUGAUAAGAACAUGAUGCUGUUAGGCUCAUAGAUCUUUUGAACGAGGCAUUACGUGUGAUUUUUGAGACAAUUGGGAUAUGAUACUGGCUUUUUUCCAUUUCACAGAUUCUGUUAUUACUGUAGCUGUUAGUUUUUUUGCUGAAAUUACUCAGUAAAUGGGCAUUUAAAUUCAAGGGAUAGCCUCUUAGUUGACUGAGCUCAUGGUGUCCAUGAGCUGUCUUCUGACUAGUCUAAAUUGCUUGAUAUGCUUGCCUCAUCAAAACGAUCGCUGUGUCCUGUGAUGAUUGCUCAUAGGGCAGAUUCUGACUGGGAAACUUUCUCAUCAUGAUAACAGUAUGAGUUGGUUCAAAGUCUGAGGACACCUGGUGAAAAAAGUUUUGCAUGAUCGCUGUUGUUUAUUUGUAUGCUGAAGAUUAUCCCUGGACUGUCUUUAUAGAUCUCUCUCUCUCUCUUUCUGUACACCUCCCUAUCCCCAAUUUCUCAUCAGCUAUGCAAGAAGAUGCACUGAAGCUCGUCCUUCUGGCCCUGGAGGAUGGCUCAGCUUUGUCCAGGAAAGUGUUGGUUUUGUUUGUGGUCCAGAAGCUUGAAGCUCGCUUCCCCCAGGCCUCUAAAACCAGCAUAGGCCACGUGGUGCAGCUGCUCUACAGGGCCUCCUGCUUCAAGGUGCGAGCAACAGGAAAGAGCAUGCAGAACGAUACACUGCUAGGCUUUAAAUAUAUCUAUAUUUAAGAACAUGUGAGUGGGACGACGCUAUCCGAAGCUCUUUGAAUGGAACUAAAGAGGCUUAGUUUGCUGUUGUCGCAAUAAUCAAAUUCAUAUAACAUGACCUAUUUAAAUAGAUUAGCUACAUAUUCCUUUACCACUUGAAUACUUUCUCAAUGCUAUCAGUUACAUACUCCUUCCCCCCUAAACUUUUUGUCUCAGGAGUUAUCAUAACAUAUUUUACACUCAGUAAACUUUUACAUAAACUCAAGGGAUGAUUCCUGGAGAAAUUCUGUCAGUGAGCUUCAUAAAACGCUCCAGCUUUGGAUUGUGCUCAAUCUUAACAUUACCCUGUCUAUCUUAAAAAUCUCUUACUAUAGCUCCCUGAUGGGCUAACUCAUACUACAACAUCUUAUUCCGCCCUGAAGUCAUGUCUGUAAUAAGAAUACAGGCCUCUGUGGGUAAAGUUUCUGUUUGUGAGUAUAUUUUUGGGACGGUUAUCUAAUGACGGACAUCGCUGGUAGGGCAGAUAUUCCAGCUAUCUGUUGUGAUGUAACGACAGUCUAUAUUUGCCCCUGUUGCCCCACCAGGCCGACAGUACGGAGAUGCUGCAGAAGAUAAAUAGAUAAAAGUGGAGGACCAAAAAGAAACCUGAAUAAGAUGGACGAAAGGAUGAAAACUGACUGCGUUAUCUGACUGACUUUGGCGUUAUUUUUAGUGUUUGCUCUGCAGAGACAGUGGAUAGUGUGUUGGUGUCUUAUGAUGAUUACUCAUAGGGCAGAUUCUGAGAAAGGGAGAAUCCCUUUGUCUGAUCUGAAGUUGAGUUUAUGGGUCUGAAGACACCAGAAACAAAAGCGUGACCUGUAAUACCUAAAAACCAAAAUAAGAAAAAAUACUUUGUAGUCCAUCGAUGCAAUGCUCAUCUUUAUCAUCCUUUUUCUCUGUGUCCUGACUCUCAGUUCAUCUUUUUGUCCUUUCUACCUCCAUCCUUACCUCACCACCCUGUCAGGUGACUAAACGUGAUGAAGACUCCUCCUUGAUGCAGCUGAAGGAAGAGUUUCGAACCUACGAGGCUCUAAGGAGAGAGCACGAUGCUCAGAUUGUCCAUAUCGCCAUGGAAGCAGGGCUGCGAAUUUCACCUGAGCAGUGGUCUUCUUUGCUGUACGGAGACCUUGUCCACAAAUCCCACAUGCAGUCAAUCAUCGACAAGGUACAAUUAAGAUUUAGAGGCUUGACAAGACUAACAAACUAUUAUUUAUCACUGAUGGACUCACUUUUGAAAGGAACAUUUAUGUACAACAAGCCUCUUGAAGCACAAGAGAGAUGAAUCAGUAGUAUUCAAAGGCUCUCUCUUUUCUUCUUCUGUCUUCUGCUCCAGCUGCAGUCUCCAGAGUCAUUCGCAAAGAGCGUUCAGGAGCUGACGAUUGUUCUACAGAGGACGGGAGACCCUGCCAACCUCACCAGCCUUAGACCACACCUGGAGCUGCUAGCUAACAUAGACCACAACCCGGGUACUUGGUUUUGUUCAAACAAUUUUAAUCUUAACUCUUAAAAUAUUGAAUUGAUUUUAAAUUAAAUUGAAAUGAAGAAAGAGAAAAUGAGAAAAAAAGACUUAAGAACUUGGUUUACAUAUUCAUAAAGAUGUGGGAAGAAGCACUACUUAUUUAGUCCCACUUCCUCUCUGUAUAUCAGAACAAGGAAUCAUCCUUAUUGACACAUACUUGUCCAUAUUCUAAGAGCCUCUGACAAUCUUCAUAAAUAUUCUUAUAUAUUAGUACAGUAUUUAGAGAAUUAUACGGUAAUUUGAUAUGGGUGACUUUUAGUAGAAAGUUUAAGGUGUUAUAACAAGAUAAGAAAACAAAACAAAAGGUUCCUUGUUGUGUAAAACGGACUUGACUGUCUGUUGUUUAUCUGUGUGUAGAUGCCCCGGCACCGUCAUGGGAGGAGCUGGAAAGUGUGAUGCUGGCUGUGAAACUGGUUGUUCACGGACUGGUGGAAUUCAUACAGAACUUCAGCAAGAAGAGCCACGAAACACCACAGGUGCUUCAAUAUGUAAUAUAAACACACGUUAAGAGUGCUAGUUUAGUCAGAUUCAGUGAAAUAAGAUGGACUGUGUAAACAUGAGCUUUUCUUUUUGAAACAAUAAGCAGUAAGAGUCACAUUUGUUCUUCUGUUGUAUCCAGACAGUUUGACAGCCAUCGAUGUGAAAAUUUAAUUUCUUUUUUCCAGCAGGACGUUUUGUUCUUCCUGCCUCUGUGUUGGAUGAGAUGACAUGACAUAGUCUUUGGCUACCAACAGCAGCACAGUAAUAAUUUAAUGAAGACAGAAGAAAAUACCAGUAAAAAAUCUGCAGAAAAUGUUCCCUCUUACAAAGAAAUCAGUGUAGUGGAGUGAGCCAGAAGAUGUGUCUUAGGUCGCUUUCACACCAGAACUGUUUGGUCCGCUUUAAACGGACCAGAGUUUGUUUCCUCGGAUAGUCCGCUUCAUUUGGUAAGGUGUGAAAGCUCAUCCGAACUCUGGUGCAAACCAAACAAGUGAACUCUGGUCCGCCUGAAAACGUGGGUCUCGGUUCGCUUGCAAGUGAACCCUGGUUCGGUUCGUAUGCAGUGUGAAAGCUCACCAUACUAAACACAGGACCAAAUGUACGUAAUGACGCUAUGCGCAGUGCAUACGCAGUGUCUCUUGGGUAGAGGAAGAACGGCGUCCCUUAUUGCAAUGGCAACAAGUUACCGCUGACAUUAGCAGUUGCUAUCUAGUGUAGCUCAAUUGUCUGAACAACAAUAACCCAUAAAUUCACAAUUUGGCGUAUUUAAACAAAAUCAAAUCACAAAUACCAACAGUCACAGUCCUUAAACUCUGAGCUCAUAUGUCGUCACAUGUUAGAUCGUCAAAGUCAGAAGAAUAACAGGAUCAGUCCCUGACAAGCUACGAUAGCAUUAUAGGAACGGUUGCGUUCACUAACGUUGUAGCAUUCCAUAAAAUACAAGACGGCUAGUCCACCACUGUUUGUAAUCCGUGAGGUUACAUACCCCUCCUACUUUGUCCAAUCGACGAGCGCCCCUUUCAACCACCGAAAGUUUGGUACGCUUUAGAAAUCACAGAGUGAAAGCAGAACCGAAACAAGUGAUAAAUGCAACAAUGUUGCAACUUUUAGCCCCCCAAUCGAACUGAGUCCGCUUGGUCAGGUGUGAAAGCGACCUUAGUGUUGUUAACUUUAAAGCAAACAGGUUUAUCUUGAAGGCUUUUAUCCUAAAGAUCUCAGAUGUUUUUGGCUCAUUGGUCUCUAAGUGCUACCUUUGUUAUCUGCCCAUACCUGUCUGUGCUCAUUGACUUCUGGAUUGGAGAAACAACUGCAUCAAAAUGACAUGUUUUUAUCUUCUCUAAACAGUCUCAAAAUACAAAACCAUCCCCAUAUAUCACCAUGGCUACAGAUGAUUUAUUGCUGUAAACAUUAACUAAGGUCUCAUCAUGAACUCUACACCUGUCGUAACUGUCCGGCAUGUUUUAUAGAUCGAGUAAAAGUUGUUCCUAAUUUAUUUCAGUGUGUCACAUUAUCAAGAGUGUAACUGAUUGUAACUUGAGUCUACGGCUUAUAAAGCGAUCAAGUGACAAUAAAUCAAGUAUCUUCUCUUUUUGUAGCCUCAGGCCAACAGCAAGUACAAGACCAGCAUGUGCCGAGACCUCCGUCAGCAGGGAGGCUGUCCCAGAGGAACCAACUGUACAUUUGCUCACACGCAGGACGAGCUGGAGAAGUGAGUUUGCAAUCACAUGCACUUUGGACGACUGACUUUUCCUCCAUUAAAGAGAGGAAGUAAAUCCAGUCCUCCAAGUGAGGAUGUAUUAAACAGCAUUCAUAAAAGGAAACACUUGACUGCCUUGGGGAACCGUGGGAGUCACAGAGUGUUUUAUAACUUUAAUGCAACAAUUUAUAGCCGGUGUUAAAUGAUGAAACUGAAUAAUGAUAUGUGGAAAGUGCAACAAUGACACAUGGAAUUGUAAAGCAAGUUAAUUUUUAAUUCUACUUUAGUAAAAACUUUUUCUAUAACUCUUUUUUCUACUUUACACUUUUGUUUGAAUUUAACAAAAACAUCACACGAUCUCACACAUUCAAGCUCACAUUGCCGUUUUCAAUCACCAUGCUAUUUCAAAUAUUUGUACUUGAUAACUACUGCCCCCUUUCCCCUACAGAUUCAGACUAAGGAACAAGAAAAGCAGCAGUGUUGGCCGCGGGUUCCCUCUCGCACCAGGGGUUAUGGGCAAAACCUUCACUAUGGAGGGCAGUUCGCACUCUGACGUGUCUGCAGGAGUGGUGCAGGGGCUCAAAGGCACAGGGGAGAACACAGUCCCGUUGACAGAGGGAUCCCCCGGCCGGAAUCACCCACAGCUGAUCUCCAGAGGCAUUGACAUGAUGGAGGACAUGAAGAGAGGGGUACCUAAUGGAUCCAGUGGAGCUCACGGGUCUGCUGGGCUUCUAGGCACCAACAGAAACACAUCAGUGUCUAAUGAACAGUAAGAUUGAUUAUGAGUUUACUCGCUUAUGUUUGUUGUAUCUGUAUCAACUAGUUAUUCAGUAUCUAUGCAGGUCUUUCUACAUUAGAAUAACCCAUCCAGCUAGCAUACUCAUUUUAGGAACAGACCACAGCAGAAGAAUCAUGAUUGAGUUUCAUCAAAAAAAUGAGCAAUACAUGAAUAUAAAGUAGAAAUUAUGGUUCAAAACCUUUUUUACAUUUGAUUUAAUCUAUUCAAAUCCACCUCUACAUAUUACCUGGUUGUGAAUUUGAGCCCAGUGACUAUUUGCACGAGUUUAGCAGAAGAAAAGUCCUUUAAUAGGAACUAAAGAGAAGCAGGAGCACUGGGAUGUCUAUCUCAGUUUUGUGUUUUAAACGAUAGUGUCUGUAAAUGGGCUCGGGGAAUAGUUACUGAGAUUGGAAGAAUGAUUCGAGGUUAUGAGUAAGUGUAAAUUAUGACCUCAUCCUUUUUUCUUUUGCAACAGGAAGUCCAUCUCUCCUCCCCGGACUCCAGUCAGCCACUCCUCAGCCUUGUCUCCCAUAGCAACAGUUGGGCAGGGAGACAGCGGUGCCCCUUUGCCCAAACAUGGUCCUUUUCUCCUGCGUGCACCUCAUCCUUCACAGGCGUCAGAGCUUUACUACCAGGAUACGCACUCUGCAUACGACACAGGCCAUUAUCAACCAACCUGUGAGUCCAUAUUUGAAUAACUUUAUGAUUGUAAAGGAAAAAAGCAAAUAUGUGUGCUUAUCUUUUCCAUUUUUUUCUCUCCAGCAUGCUCCUACUACCCAUCUGCUCUCCAUCCUCCCCACAAGCCCUGCAUGGCUCGCUUCCUUCGAUCUUCCAAUGUCCCAGAAUCCUCGCUGCCACCCUCGAUUGGCCCACCACAGUCCUCUUACUCCAGUGACCCUCAAACACAGCACCCACCUGUCUCUUCAUCUUCAGGGUACCCACCACACCCGCCUCGAGAUCGUAUGGUGCCUCCUGCCUUCCACCCACACCCAGGGCAGCCUCCGUACGGGCCUCUGGCGCCCACUCAUGGUGUUUAUGCUCCUCUCUAUGACAGCAGGAGAGUGUGGAGGCCUCAGGUUAGCAGGCUGUUAGUUCUAUUGUUACUUUGUCAACCUGUCUUUCUGUAACCCCUCCUGAUAUGAAUGUUUCUUUCUUCACAGCUGUACCACAGAGAGGACGCCAGGAGUAACUCCUUGCCUCCGGAAGUGCUGCACUCCUCUGUCUACCAGCCUCCACUCAGAGAGAGAUUCAACUCUCUAGACAGCAACUACUGCUCUGGGGCUGAACAUCGCGCAGGGCUACACAGGGUAGGUCAAAGAACAGAUGUUACUAUGAAGAAUAUGAGCUUCUGAUUGGCUGAGCGAAGACCAUUUCGAACCAAAUAACCUUGACCAUAACAAAAGUGCAGAAGUGGUUAUUAUGAACAGAAUUUUUCUUUGUUUUUCUUUGUGCAAACAAGCAUAUGAACGUUUGCUAUUUGAGUGUCUCUACUUAAAUUAAUUUUCUGUGACGCACAUCCGUCUGAACCACUUACAAUUACUUAGGAGGAGCCAUCAUUAAAGUACACUUUCACUUUAUGGGAAUGGAUGUAUAUAUUUUUUCACUAAGGCUGCAACAAUUUACCAGGUUAGUCAACAAGACUGAAGAAUUGAUCGACUGAUGGGAUAAGUGCAAAAUUACUUUUAAUAGCAUUUAUUUAUUUAUCUGCUUUUGUAAACUCAAUAAAAACUUUAAAAUUCUUAACACAAGCCAAAUUUUGUGGUUAGACUAAUUCGUCCCAUCAAAAGGCAGGUGAUUUUGUUUAUGUGUGGUUGCAACACUUACAUGGUAAGCAACAGCUCCUCAAAAGCUCAAGCAUCUGCUACGUCCUCCCACGACAAACAAGGUCUGUUUUACUCAUUUUACUUUUAAUAAUUCAUUGGGGGUGAAAUGCUCCCAAAUUUUGCAAGUUUUUGGGCCCAAUGAUUUUUGUUGAGAUAGAGAGGAAGCAAGGUGGCUCAAAGAAAUCAAGGAAACAAGGUCUGUUUACAGCAUGAAAGAUAUAUGUGUAAGGACAUGAUGAAUUAGUUUAAACAAAAAAAUCCAAGAAAUAUAAUUUGCUCAUGAUUUUUUUCUCCAAAGUUAGUGAUGGUGGCAAAAUACUUAAUAAAGUCAUAUAUCUGAUAUAAAAGUGUAUUCUUCAGCCUCCUUUGACUGUAGAACUGUUUUUUAAGGGCUUGUGUGCUGUUAUAUUUCACUGACAAAUAACCAUUUUAUUUUGAACUACAAGAUUUGCAACCAGUAAUCUUUAAAUCAGAUAAUGCAUAGGCGAUUUAGUGACAUACUUACUUUGGUGUUAAAUAGUAUUAUAAUUGAAUCCAGGUUCUGACCAGUUAGACGUUACCAACAAGAAUGCAGCUAAGUCUAAGAUGAGUCUGGGACUGUAAUGAAAGUAUCUUGAGACUGAUCUUGGGAUCAAGACUAAUCUUGAGCACUACGACACCACCUGAAGGAAUUAUUUUCAGCUUACAAUGAAUCUCUAAUGCGGUUGCUGCAAUAUUGUUUGAAUUUAAGACGUUAACCUGCUGAAAAAGCGAACGAACUGGCUGUUACUUGGAUACAGUUUCUCCCACUUGUUUGAGUCAUGUUGUUUCUAUCACCAUUAGCAGCAGAGCAAACACGGAUUCUAUUUAAAGCAGGCAUACUAUAAGAGAGAUAAUCCAUUCUGAGCCAUGCAAUAAUUAAAAAAUAAUCUUCUCUGCCGAGGGUUAUGUUAUAAUGAGAUCCUUCCUGUUUUUCUUUUCUUAAUGCAAUGGAACCAGUAAACCCAGUGAAAACACAACGAAUUAAUUCAUGCUGCUUUGUCUAGCAUUGGACAGAUUUAUUACAGGUUUAUUUUCAGCAACAUUUCCUUUCCUUCGCUCUCUCUUUUUCCACCCACAUAUCAUCUCACCUCUACCUUCCGUGCCAGCCACAGAGCUGCAGCAUGAAGCUUCAGCCUCCUCUGUAGUCCUCCCACCUCUCACCCAAAUACGUCUCUGCCUCCCCCUCAAACCUCUAGCCCUCUCACAUCAUCAUGUAGUGUAACUUGUAAGACUACAGUAAUACUAUUAUAUAUGUUGUGUCAAGAUAAACUAUAUUAAAGUUCUGUUUUAUAGGAACCUACUACAUGGGUCCUGAUUUACAAAAAGACUGUGUGACUGUGCACCCCCUAAACUUGUGCAAAUGAGGCAAAAGAUUUCAACUGAACAAGCUGCUCUUGCUUAUUUAAAGCUUUGUCAUAUUCUGACCACAGAAUAAACCACCCACUGAGCAAUAGAUGGCUGUUAGACGUCUAGUUUUUUUUAGACCUAAUUUAAACCGUCUAGAUUCUGUAUAUUUUUACGUCGCACUUUAACCCAUUAUUCAAUAACUAUUUAUUUCAAAAAGCAACUGUGAGUUGCAUAACUGAUCUCCAAGUACUUAACCAAAAUAAUUAUGAUAGCCGUUGAGCAAUAUACAGUUUAGUAUAGAUAUAGCCCAGAUUUAGACUUGUUCUAAACUUGGUCUAAAUUUAGACGUCUAAUAGACCUCUUUUAGAUCAAAAAAUGCUCAGUAGGCAGUGAGGUGUCCCCGUCCUCAUUUAGCUCAUGAUUUAUGUUCUUGUUUAUUUAAUCUAUUUAUUUUCUAUUUCUUGUAAGUAUGAUGUCAAUAUGUUGAAGAGACUGACUGUUAAUUGAAUAUUGGAGAAAGGGUAGGUUUAAAUAAGCAUAAUGCUUCAUCCUACUCCUCUCCAGACAUGUUGAGUUCACAUUAUUAUUAGUAGUAGUAUUUUUUUUUUUUGCUUUGAUUAUUGUUAUUGUUGUUUUGAAUAUACUCAUUGUUUUUGUUUGUUUGCUUUCAGUUUACUUUCUUGUGUUGCAUGCACAUCUUGAAAAAAAUAAAAUAAACAAAUACAGAUAAAAUCUGUACAUGGAGUUGUGCUCAGUCAGAGAGUAUGAAGCUCUGAACUAACAAAAGGAAUACCUGCAAAGAGCUGAGAAAUUUCACCUGCUUGAAUGUCAUUAGAGUGAACAGCUUUGUAAGAUGGACCUUAAAACUAAGCAGGUACAAAGGACAAAUGAUGCUCUAUUUUAAGUGACUAGAAGUCACUUUUAUAAAAUUCUCUCAAUAGUGCUUGAAACAGCAAAAACAACUUCGAUACUUAAAACAAUCACAACAGGAAACCGGGUGGUGUUGAAAAGCACCUAUCUGAAAACAUCUGCAUUUUUACAUUUAAUCCAGUCAUGUUUAGAUUUAUUAAAGAUUCUGCAGUCAGGAUACUGGUCAAAAAGGUUUGUUUCCAUCACCUGUAUAUACAUUAGGGGGAGUUUUCUGCUACAAGGUAAACUUAGUUGAAACACAAAAGCUAGUAAUUGGUUUUCAGUGAAGAACCUUCUUCUCUUUGUUCUCAACAAUACUGGAGUUAUUGUUGUGCCUUACAUUGUUUUGCUCAUCUGUUUUAUUGUUUCCACCCCCACAUCCUUGGAAGAAGCCCUCUCUCACUACCAGAUGUCUGGAGCUUCCAUAAAGAUAAAAUGCUUACACAACACAUACGUUUUCAGAAAACUUUGUCAUUCUCCAAAUCUGACACAACUGAAAUGUUGCGCUACAUUUCCUGCAGCCUGUUUUGAACGGUCCUUAUGUGGUUCAAUCUUCAAUCCUAGAAAGAUCUGUUGCAUUUCUCUAACCUGCUGAUUAAAAUGUGUGAAAUUUUCUCUAAAAAUAAGUAAUACUAUUUUUAUUUAUUUUUUUACUUUUCCUCUUUUCACAAACACUCUCUUUUCAGGAUUAUGGCCGUGUUCCUCUGGGCUACGAUGAUCUGUUCAGAAGAAAGCAGGAACAGUGGGCUCACCAUCACCACCAUCACAACUCCAGCAGACCCUCCCAGUCCUCCCCCAUCUUUACUAUUGAUUUUGGAAGUGAGGUAGGAAAGAAAUAUGAAGGAAAACCUAAGCACACACCCAAAACCACACAAGUAAGAGCAUGAAGAACUGAAAUGACAAAGCAAACAUGAACGGUUUUAUAGUUUCACUGCAGCUACCUGAAAUGGGGACUGAUAAAUUGCAUGUGUAUUCUGCCAUUUUUUAAAUAUAUAGGAUUUGAUUCCCAUCCCAAAAGCUGGCGCUUCCGCUGUGUCCAAUGCUAUUUAAGAGGGAGAUAGUUGCCUAGCAACUGUGGAGGAAGAUAUCAUAGCAAUGCACAAUUGUGGCGUGUGUGGGUGUGUGUGUGCGAGAGAGGAGAGACUAACAAGCAGUGACUCAGGUUUUCGACUGAGUAAAGCUUUGUUCGGCCGCAUGUCAGAUAUGUUUUUACGAAGACAUCUGCUUCAAAAUUGGACUCUUCUUAGAAUGACCAUGAGAAGUUUUAAAGUGUUUCCUUAUCUCAAUUUAAUUUUCUAGACCUCUUUAGAGUGAGCAAAUGAGAUCAUCAGUGAGGACCAGCAGCAGCAGCACUGUUGUUUGUUGUUAUCUGGAGCUUGUCCACAGGUUGGCAGCCAAGUGGCAGCACCAUAAGUGCUUUUGUCGCCUCCUAAAGGGAUAUUCCGGCGUAAAAUUAAUUUAGGGUCAAACAUGCCGUAACACCGAGUUAGGCACCCCACCAAGAGAUGAAUGUUGCCGACCGCUUGCUUCUCUUGUUUCACCAACUUUAGUAACGACUGCAGGAUAAUGAUACACAACGGUUUGAGGAGCCAUAAACAAAUCUCAACCAAAACGCCACUCUAUAGCCACAAAUAAUGCUCAGAACAGCACCUAACUUCAUCAACAGCACAUAAAGGUUCCCAGCCAUAGUACUAGCCACCAAACAUCUUUUUAACUUUGCCUAAUUUCUUUAGCAAAGAGACUAAAUACAACUCAACUACUCUCUUCCAGCAGCCGCUUGUAUGUACAGAGACCUCGGGCCAGUCCAUUGCGGACUACAGCGGGGUGACGCAGCUCAAGGAAGAACAUUUAUGAUUAUUUCUUCAUGGAAAUGCAAUCAGACUGAGACACUAAGGCAGAAGAACUACCGCGUCUGCAGCGCAAAAUGAUUAAUAUGAUGAUUGUUACUUAAAGGAAAUGAUAAAGAAAUUAUCAUAAAUGUUCUUCCUUGAGCUGUGUCACCCCGCAGCAGUCCGUAAUAGACUGGCCUGAGGUCUCUGUACAAACAAGUGGCUGCUGGAGGAGAGUAGGUGAGUUGUGUUUAGUCUCUUUGCUAAAGAAAUUAGGCAAAGUUAAAAAGAUGUUUGGUGGCUAGUGCUGUGACUAGGACCCUGUAUGUACUGUUGAUGAAGUUAGGAGCUGUUCUGAGCAUUAAAUGUGGCUAUAGAGUGGCGUUUUGGUUAAGGUUUGUUGAUGGCUCCUCAGACCGCUGUGUAUUGCUAUCCCGCAGUCGUUACUAAAGUUAGUACAACUAGAGAAGCAAGCGGUUGGUAACAUUCAUCUCUCGAGGGGGUGUCUAACUCGGUGUUACAGUGUUUUUGACUCAAAAUUAAUUUUACAUCAGAAUAUCCUUUAAAGAAAGGAGAUAGUGUCAAGGCAACAUGUGUUUCAUCGCAUUAACUGCACACUAUACUUUAUAAUACUAUAUAAUACUUUAUAAUAAAUACAUGACAGUUAAAUUUGAUUUUAUUUUGAUUUCUGUCUUUCAGCACGUCGAGAACCCUGGAGGUCAGUGUGUAGGGUGCAGGUUCAGAGGUGAGGAAAGCUUAGCUCACUACUCUCCAUGGUCCUGUGGUACCAUCGGCCCUUGCCUCAGCCCCUUUGAGUCUGAAACGCUCACACACACCUCGGCUCACCCCUGCUCGGAGCACUCGGUGAGACAACAGACAACCUUUAUUUUGCAGUGGUAUGUCUCUGCCGGUGCUCUCACUUACUUUACAGUAAAAAUGUACUUUUUCAUGCAGGAUUUAGACGGUAACAGAGGAGGAGGAGGCGUUGGCGUAAGCAGUGUCGGGAAGCGGUGGCUGCAUUCUUUGGAUCACUACCGGCGCUUGAAAGACGAGGACCCGAUCAUUCCCUUUAGUGAGGGUCCUAUUAUCUCCAAGUGGGGCGCCAUCUCCAGGGCAGCUCGCACAGGCUACCACACCACUGACCCUGUCCAAGCUACAGCCUGUCAGAGCAGCGCCAGCACCACACCCAUUGAUUUUAAAGGUAUGGGCGAAACAAAUUGCAGUAUAAGAAAAGAAAACAAAGAGAUAGACAGACAAAAGAAAGAUAGAGAACAAAUAAAAUACUUUUCAUGAUGCUUAUCAUUUCUUUACAAGGAGCUUUGGGACAACCUUUACGACUUAUUUAAUAUGGGGGACAAUUUCUAAUAUUCUAAGGUGAAGUUUCUUUUUCUAUUUUUUCUCUUAAAGAUUACAACCCACACUUGGAUCACAGUGACUACAGGUGGAGCUCAAGAGGCUCAGACUCUUCCAGCCACUCUAGUUUCCUUGAGAGGUAAAUGACACACGUAGACUCAUACACUCACACACGCACAAACGAACACAAUUUAUAAUCUCUGCGUAGAAAUAAAUAGGAAUUAAACAGCAAACCUUGAUUGUUUUUGUUUCUUUUGCUUACAAAAUAAUCUGGUUGUAUUUCAAUAAUGAAAAUCAAGAUUUCAGCGAACAAACUCUCCAUCAAAAACGUGUCGACAUAAGAAAAUUUUAGAUUUCUUCUUCUUAGUCUUAGUCUCAUGUAAAUGUCGACAUGCGGUUGCGAUUAACACAUGCUCCUUCUUUUAUCUCUCUCAUCCCUUUAUUAUUGUUCUGCAGUCCUUUCCUCUCUGUGGUCAGACUAAAAAUAGACCUGCUGGAUGGCUAGCAUAACCCACUUGGCAGCCAUAAAAGGAGUCAGGGAAGCCCUCUGCUGUCUCUGCAGCAAACAUCAUUUCUAAUCGAGCGACAAACAUGGCUUCCUUCCUUUUAAAUAGUGUUUUAAAUAGUGUCAUUUACCAUCAACAUUGUGUUUAAUAAUGCCAGAUGUUUGAUAUGUUAUUAUAUUUUGCUUUUGCUGUGUUGUCUCGCAGCGAAAAUAAAUCUAUAACUAAAUAGAUGAAUAGUAAAUCAACAGAUAAAUGGUUGUCUGUGUGUUUUUGUUUUCUUAGUGAGCUUCAUGGCCGUCGCACAUCAGUAGGCAGUGGAGAGAAAGUCGUGUCUGAUCUUCAAGCCCCUCAGUCUGUCUACAGCCAGGAUCGAGACCAGGCUGAGAGCGAAUCUGACCCCGGUCGAGACAUCGAGCUGGAACUGUGUGCACUUGACAUGGAGGAUUCAGACCACCAGGAGAUCAAGUCUCAGGUUAGUUUGAGUCUGAACACCACACAUGAUGUUGACUAAGCAAACAAAAAACUCCAAUAUUUUGAUCAUCUUUUCAUCUCAGGAUCCCUUACACCUGACCCCACAGUCUCAGGAUGCUUCCAACCUCCUCACGCCUUCCUGCUCCUCUCCCCUCCUCUCUUCUCCUGUGGAGGAGCACCCCCACUCAGAGGGCCCUUCCACAGAGAAGAUAGACCCUCACCUUCUAAAAAAGAUGGCCUUCAGGUGAAUGAUCAUCGUAAUCAGUGUUUCACAGGAUCGCCCUCAGUCUUUGACUUGAUAACCUAGCAGUGUAGAGCUCUCUUCUGCCUGACUCUUCUUGCUCUCCGUCUUUUUUUCCCAUCAUUUCUUUUUUGUUUUACAGGAAGUCUCUGUCUCCUGGAGGGUUGGUCUCCGGAGGUCUUGGCGUCGGAAAGCUGCUUAUACGUACUGGGCCUUCUCGAUUGGGGGACAGCACUUCCUCAAGGGCUUGCCCUGAAACACCAGUGACAGAGAUGCUGCUCAAUGGAAGCUAA